GUGACCGGAGUUCCUCUUCCGCUGUCAGGCUGCUGUCACACGGCGACAAUGUUAUCCCAUUCCCGGUGUCUCACCAGGAAUUUUGGCCGUUCCCUGUCUGCCAUCCGCCAGGGGAAUAAUGUGUUGGCUCGUCGUUCCACGGCAGUUCUGUCAGCUAGCCAUCCUAUCACUUUACACAACAAUGUAAAAUACAAUCCCCGAUCCAAUGUCUUCCAAAUACAAUACUUCAGGACAUCUGUAGCCUACAGAGAUGAAGUUAUCACAGUCAAUACUCCUGCAUUUGCAGAGUCUGUCACAGAGGGGGAUGUGAGGUGGGAGAAAGCUGUGGGAGACGCUGUUUCUGAGGAUGAGGUGGUGUGUGAAAUUGAAACGGACAAGACAUCAGUACAGGUUCCCUCUCCUGCUGCUGGAGUCAUUGAGGAACUUUUGGUUCCAGAUGGGGGGAAGGUUGAAGGAGGGACACCACUUUUCAAGCUUAAAAAAGGAGCCAGUGCUCCCAAAGCUGCAGAAGCUCCAAAAGCUGAGGCCCCAGCUGCUGCAGCCCCUCCACCACCUUCUGAUGCUCCAACUCCUCCCCCCGCUUCAGCUGUAGGCCCCAUUCCCACCACCAUGCCCCCUGUGCCACCUGUGCCAGCACAUGCUAUGGACACCAAACCAGUUUCUGCCAUCAAGCCCACUGCUGCACCAACUAUGCCAGCUGCCCACGCAGAAGGAGGUGUUAAAACUGCGAGGACGGAGAGCAGGGUUAAGAUGAACCGCAUGAGACUAAGAAUUGCCCAGAGACUGAAAGAAGCCCAAAACACCUGCGCUAUGCUCACUACGUUUAAUGAGGUCGAUAUGAGCAACAUCUCAGAGAUGAGGAAGGCUUACAAAGAUGACUUUCUGAAAAGGCACAACACCAAGCUGGGCUUCAUGUCUGCAUUUGUCAAGGCUGCUGCUCAUGCACUCACCGACCAACCUGCUGUCAAUGCCGUGAUUGACGACACAACCAAAGAAAUAGUGUACAGGGACUAUGUUGACAUCAGUGUGGCUGUAGCUACACCGAAGGGUUUGGUGGUUCCUGUAAUCCGAAAUGUAGAGGGAAUGAACUUUGCUGACAUUGAGAAGGCCAUCAAUUUGUUGGGAGAAAAGGCCCGUAAGAAUGAGCUGGCUGUUGAAGACAUGGAUGGAGGCACCUUCACCAUCAGUAAUGGUGGUGUGUUCGGGUCCUUGUUUGGCACACCUAUAAUUAACCCACCACAGUCCGCUAUUUUAGGCAUGCAUGGCAUCUUUGACCGACCUGUUGCUGUCGGUGGCAAGGUGGAGAUCCGUCCCAUGAUGUAUGUUGCUCUGACAUAUGAUCAUCGUCUGAUCGAUGGAAGAGAGGCCGUCACUUUCCUGCGCAAGAUCAAGUCAGUGGUGGAGGACCCCAGGGUGCUGCUCCUUGACAUGUGAACCAUUCAUCAUCAACUCCCGAGCCCAACCAAACCACUUCCCACACCAAAAGAGGCUGUACACACUUGAUGAACAUUACUAUACCUACAGUUAAUGUAUUCUUGUAUUGGUUAAGUAGGAAAAAAGCGAUUUUGUGGUUAAAAGUUGGGUUGUGCAAUGGACAUUUGUCAGACUGGCAGGGAUAAAAGGUUUGGUGCUGUUCUGGAGGAAAAUUAGGCUCUGGGGUUCCUGGUGCUGGUCUCUAGAUCAAAAAAAGAAAUCUUAACUUCUUUGCCAUAUGUCAUUUUCUACAUAAUAUAUGAAAAAAAAUCACUUCUUGUGAGAUGACAGGCAAGUACAGUUUAAACUUCACAGUUUUAUUAUUUUGGUUGAGAGAAGAACAACGCAAACACGUCUGGCUAAACAAACAAACACUAUGUUUUAACGUUUCCAAAAUGAAGUUCUCAGAGAUUUUACGCCAUCUAGUCCAUGGAAUUUGAGGAAAAACUUACUUUUUGCUGUGCGAGAUCGAAUAUUUAAGGGAAAAAAGGCAAGUUUUAAACAAUAAAAUCUUCAUUACCCACACUUAUUAUUUGUUCGGAUGUUUUUAAAGCUCUUAUUAGUUUGUGUAUGUAGAAAAAAAAAAGUGUUAAGUUUAAAAGAUGGCUGAAAUGAAUUCACAAGUAAUGCUUUAUCAUUAUAAAACCAAUGCAAACUUAAGGCGGCCUAGAGGUUUUCUUUUAUUUUGAUUUGUAUCUAUGACGAUGACGCAAAGGUUUAGCCAAUAUUUACCAUGACACUUGUUCAUCAGUAAAGCCAAAGUUAAAUAAAAUGAUUUUGGUGGUCCUUUAAA